GCACCGCAAAGUGUUGCCCGCCGCGUUGUCUCUUUCGCGUUAGCGAACCGCGCUUGCCACCGUUAGGGUUUUCCCUACUCCUACCGCUCCUCCCCCUUCCUCCCCCUACUUUUUUGUGCAUUCAUUCUCAUGUCGUCCAACGUUGAGAAGGAGGCUGGCUCUACGGAGCCAGUUAAGGAUACAAACCAGCCCCACGAGGAGAAGAAGAAGAGAGAGUACAAGGAUUUCGGUCAUGAAGAGACUGAGGCCACACAUGCUCAUGUUGAUAUGUCGCAAAUCCAGCUGCGUGCGGAGGAUCUCUACGACAAGGAGAAGGUCGACCUCGAAACGAUCGGCGUCGAGGAUGUCUUCCAAUUGCUCCAGUGCGACGACGCUGGUUUGUCACCUGAGGAGGCCCAACGCCGUCUGGAGAUAUUCGGUCCUAACAGGCUUGAGGCAGAGGAGCAGAAUCCAUUUCUUCAGUUCCUCAGUUUCAUGUGGAAUCCGCUGUCCUGGGUCAUGGAGGGCGCGGCACUCGUCGCCAUUGUGCUGUCGAACGGCGAGCACUCACCUCCGGACUGGGAAGAUUUCGUCGGUAUCGUCAUUCUGUUGUUCCUCAACUCGGCUAUUGGUUUCUACGAGGAGCGUGGCGCCGGUAACGCGGUGAAGGCGCUCAUGGACUCUCUCGCCCCGAAGGCCAGGGUUAAGCGUGGUGGCUCGUGGGCCGAGGUAGAUUCGGCCGACCUCGUACCUGGUGAUGUGAUCGCUUUCAAGAUUGGUGAUGUCGUUCCUGCGGACUGUCGUCUCACGGAGGCUAUCAACAUUUCUAUCGACCAGGCCGCGCUGACUGGAGAGUCCCUACCCGUUAGCAAGAAGUUGGGUGACCAGUGUUUCUCUGGUUCUACUUGUAAACAGGGUGAGGCCGAAGGUGUCGUCAUCGCCACUGGUGCGAACACAUUUUUCGGUCGUGCCGCAUCGCUCGUCGGCCAGGACGAUGACUCCACCGGUCACUUGCAGAAGGUUCUUGCCAAGAUUGGCACCUUCUGUCUCGUUUCCAUCGGUAUCUUCGUCAUCGCUGAGAUCUUCUGUCUAUACGCCGGCUUCCGUUACCAUUACCGUCGCGGUCUUAACGAUAUCCUGGUGCUUUUGAUCGGCGGCAUCCCAAUUGCCAUGCCCACUGUGUUGUCCGUCACGCUCGCUGUCGGUGCUCAGCAGCUCGCAAAGUACAAGGCUAUCGUCACUCGUAUCACUGCCAUUGAGGAGCUGGCUGCCGUCACCAUCCUGUGUUCUGACAAGACCGGUACGCUCACCACCAACAAGCUUACCAUCGAUCGCGAGACUGUCCGUACCUAUGGCCCAUUCUCCGCCGAGGAUGUCAUUUUGCUCGCCGCUUACGCUUCCCGUACUGAGAACCAGGAUGCCAUCGAUGCUUGCGUCGUUGGCGCCAUUGGUGAUCCGAAGCGCGCACGCGAUGGUAUCAAGCUUCUGGACUUCAAGCCCUUCAACCCCGUCGACAAGCGUACCGAGAUCACAUACCUCGAGGAGUCGAGCGGCAAGCUCAAGCGCGUUACGAAGGGUAUGACCGGUAUCAUCAUCGAGCUUUGCACGCGCAACAAGACCGAGGACAUCGAGAACCGUCUCGAGGCCGACGUUGAGGAGUUCGCCGCUCGUGGUCUGCGUGCUUUGGCUGUUGCGUACGAGGAAGUCGAGGGCCAGGACCCCGAGGCCGAGGGUAACGGUUUCGAGCUCAUCGGUCUCCUGCCGAUUUUCGAUCCUCCCCGUUCUGACACCAAACAGACCAUUGACGAUGCUCAGGCUCUCGGUGUCCGUGUCAAGAUGGUCACUGGUGACCAACUCGCUAUCGCUAAAGAGACUGGUCGUCGUCUUGGCCUCGGUGAUCACAUGUACCCUGCCAAGGUGCUGAAGGAGGGACCAGAGGCUGGAGGGAAGUACGCCAACCUUGACGAGAUGAUCCUUGACGCCGACGGUUUCGCUGGUGUCUUCCCCGAGCACAAGUAUGAGAUCGUCAAGCGCCUUCAGGGUCUUGGUCACCUUUGCGCUAUGACUGGUGAUGGUGCCAACGACGCUCCUGCUCUGUCCCGUGCCAAUGUCGGUAUUGCCGUCGAGGGUGCCACCGACGCUGCUCGUGGUGCUGCUGAUAUCGUCUUGACGGAGCCUGGUUUGUCUACCAUCGUGCACGCCAUCCGUGGUUCGCGUGUCAUCUUCCAGCGUAUGCGUAACUAUUCCAUCUACGCUUGUGCCGUCACCAUUCGUAUCGUCGUCUGCUUCGCCAUUCUCGCCUUCGCCUUCAAGUUCGACUUCCCGCCUUUCAUGAUCCUGGUCGUUGCUCUGCUCAACGAUGGUACCAUCAUGACCCUCUCGGUUGACCGUGUCUUGCCUUCGAUGCAUCCGGAUAGCUGGGAUCUCACGGAGAUCUUUUUGUUCGCCAUUGCGUACGGCUUGUACCUCACCCUGUCAACGAUUGCUCUUGUUGCGAUGUGCAUGAGGACCGACUGGUUCUUCCGCAAGUUCGGCGUCACUUACGAAAAUGGUAAUCACAUGCCCGCAUAUCCCAACGAUAGAGUUCUGCACUCGAUUAUCUACCUACAAGUCGCCAUCAUCUCGCAAGCCCUUAUCUUCGUCACGCGGUCGCACAGUUUCUUCUUCAUGGAGCGUCCUUCCGUCGCUCUGUUCUGUGCAUUCUGUUUGGCGCAGCUUGUGUCAACUAUUAUCGCUGUGUACGGUAAUUGGGGCUUCACUGACAUCCACGGUAUUUCUGGUGGGUGGGUCGGUAUUGUUUGGGUUUGGGAUAUUGUCUGGUUCAUCCCCCUCGACUGGAUUAAGCUCGCUAUGAAGGCCACUAUUAUCAAGAAGUUGCGUCAGCGUCACGACCGCGCGGUCGCCGAGGCCACCAAGAAGAGUCCGACUGGCGAGCCAAUCGAGCGUACGACUUCUCGUGUCCAGUCCAUCAACGAGUCGCUCUAUUCGAACCGUCUCACGUUCCUCAGGCGUACUGCCCGCCGGAUGGGCUUCCGCGGGAAGGUCCAUGUCAAGCCCGAGGAGCUGCAGCGCUUCAGCAGUAUUCAAGCCCAGCAGACCGGAGCGACUCUCGCUCGCCACCCCUCGCGUGCCGCUGCAUAGACGUGGAUGCAUCAGACGUGCCCUGCGCUAGUCGGUAUUUACAGAGGCAAUUGCUUGUGGUGCCGUUCAUCUCGUUCCCAUCAUUGCUGCUUACAGGAUAUACCCUCCCUUCGUUGACCGUGUCUAUCGUAAGUCACCCGCGCAAGUCUGUUCCUGGUCACCCGGC